AUGAUACAAUUGCCGAAACAUAUUCGACAGUAUUUUCUGUUUUCAUUAAUUACAUAUUUAAUCAUUAUUCUGCUUAUUUUUCUCAUUUAUUUCAUAUUAAUUCUUAUAGAAAAACGAAUAUCAAUCAUUGGCCUAUUCAUUUAUUCUAUUGGCGAAAAUAUACUUAGUAUUUUCGAUUUUUUUUCAUUGCCUCUACGAUAUUUGUUGCCAAAUUUAAACGAUGAUGAGUACUAUUUGAUAUUAUUGAAUUUUAUCAUCACAAUAUUUGCUUUUAUUUAUGCUUAUUUAUUCUACAUAAUUCGUCUUGAAAUAUUCACAGGUAUUUCUCCGAUUCAUAGUACGGCUUAUUUACAAUGGUUUGAAAUACAACGAUAUCGAUUUCAAGAGACACAUAGAGCUGGUUAA